AUGAGUGUCGUUGGUCAGAUGCAGGGCCUCAUCAUCGCCAUCACCUUGCUACUGUAUCUACCCACAUAUGAUGCUUCAAUUACAGACGACAACAACAAAGGCCCACAAUACCGUCAUUGCCCGCCUACUAGCUUUUCCUACAGCUCAGGCAGCACAUUUGAAGAAAGUCUGAACCACACCCUUUUCACAAGAAUCCUUCCUGAUGCUGCCUUACGAAUAACCUAUUCUAAAUUCACCAAUGGUACAGGUAUUAAUCAGGUCUUUGCUCUGUAUUUCUGCAGAGGAGAUGUUGAUGUCGAUACGUGCCAUCAGUGCAUCCAGGCUGCAGUACAGGUAAUUGUAGAGAAGUGCAAAUUUAAGAAACAAGGGAUUGUUUGGUACGAGUUUUGCACCUUGCGCUAUGCCAACCACACCAUCUUCUCCCUCGAUGAAGAGAUUCCAUUCAAAACAUAUAACAAUAAUACCGGUUUGGUAAGCGACCCCAUUCUUGAACCACACCGUGAGCUUUUUACAAGCACCAUGACUAAUCUCUUUAGCAAAGCUGCUUAUAACAAAAACCCUCUUGGUUUUGCCACUAACGAAACCAGUCUAUCAGCGUCUCAGAAGCUUCGCGGCUUUGCACAAUGCAGUCCUUAUAUCAGUAGUAACCUUUGUGAGAAUUGCCUAAGUGACGCAUAUAGUCAGAUGCGUCAAUGGGACAUCACUAUAGUAUUUUACCCUAGUUGUAAUCUCGGAUUCCAUUUAAUUGGAUCCCCUUCUCCCACCGGACCACCUUCAUCCCCUAAGCAGAAUUCCCUAUCAGAGCACCAUAAGGUCCUCCUCCAGGUGCUAUUACCUAUCGUCGUAUUCUUCUCAAUCGUAGGUACCUUUUGGUUUUGGAGGUGGCGGUGUAGGCCAUCAGGUGGGACUAACAAUGCAACAGAAGCUACUGAAGAUGGGACUGAAAUUGAAGAUCCUAGUAGGCUUCAAUUGGCGCGAUUUACCUAUUCUCAGAUAAAAGAUAUGACAAGUGAUUUCAAUAGAAUGCUAGGUGAAGGUGGCUAUGGAAUCGUUUAUUAUGGUCGCUUGAGUGACAACCACAGGGAAGUCGCUGUCAAAAAAUGA